AUGUUUGUACCCACUCGAGAAGCUCUUAGGACUGUCCUCCCGCAAGCCUCUAACGAAGAUAUUGAAAAGUACGAUGAACAGCUUAAUAAAGUGGGCAAUUUUGAUCCUGUCCUUAUCAUUUCACCGAAUCACAAUUGGAUAGCUCAAAAUACGUAUCCAAAUUAUCAAACGGUGAUGAAUGCAUUUGCGACUAAUCUUCUCCGACCAAAUAAUCGCAGGGAUGAAAAGUCACUCUACGUAUUCCACUUUUCAACUGUAACUGAACUCUACACCGUACGUGAAAAUAUUUGCAGACUUCACCCCAACGCGUUCUUCGAUCCUAACGCUCAACCUCGACAAGAACCGAUUGGUACCGCUUGGAUACUUACUAAAGUGGGAGCACGUAAAAGUGAUUUUGGUGAAGAUAAUAGGUUCUUUGUCAUCCGUUAG